UAGACUAGAAAUAUACUGACGGUGCCGCUUAGGCGUCCUUUUCUCUCAGUUCAGCUCACUUGGGUGCAGCAGACUGUAAUUGUGUAAGCUAGGUGAAGUUUUAUUAAUUUGGUCAGCCCAGCUCGCAGCUGCUCGAAUCUUGCCAAUGGAAUAAAUGAGUUAUCAUGUCAGGAAUGAAAAAUGCUACCAUUGAGACAAAUAAUGAUACAAACGAGAGUGCCAUGCUGAGAAAAAACAUGUUGCCUUUGGAUAUUCUCCUUGGAAAGAAUGUCAAAACAUGGCAUCAACUGAAGGAAGCAGUUGGAAUUGCAGGGGACAGUGACAUGCUCAUUAGGCUGAUGUCAUUCUUUGUUGAUGCUCAGGGCAUCGACCUGAGCGAAUCACCAUCAGUCCAGCCUGAUGUGGAACCGGCGCGGGAGCCGGAGCCGGAGCCGGAGCCAGUCGGCGCCAGCUCCUUCAUCGUGAUCCACCGGGCGGAUCAGAUGCACAGAGGCGGGGACGCCCAGAUGAGAGUGGCGGCCCGAAAACUCCAGAUCAAAAACGAAGACGGGCUCGACGUGUGGCGGCCCGGAGACGACGACUACAUGGCUCCUCUGCAGUACGAACGGAAGCCGCGCCAGCGGAGGCCGGGCGCCGCGCCCCGGCUCCGGGGGAGUGCUCAAGGCCCAGACACCGUGUUCGUGGCCGGUGUCACCGACGCGGUGGCACACGCCGCCCUGGACGGUAUGCUGUGGCGCGAGGCCGUGUUCCGCGGCCGGCCCAUGCCGCUCGACGACGUCCGCCUUCUGGUCCGGUGA